GCACACUUCCCUCUCAUACAUUACAUUCUCUCAAACCCUCAUAGACACUUUCUCUUCGUCUGCACAGACAAGGAAAAACUGUGCCAACAGAGCGGAAAACAAUGAUCACCUCACAAGAUUUCUACAAUGUCAUGUGCGCCAUGGUCCCGCUAUACUUCGCCAUGUUCGUGGCUUACGGUUCUGUCAAAUGGUGGAAGAUAUUCACGCCUGAGCAGUGCUCGGGCAUAAACCGGUUUGUCGCUGUGUUCGCAGUCCCGAUCUUGUCCUUCCACUUCAUAUCCCAGAAUGACCCCUACCAGAUGGACACGAGGUUCAUACUGGCCGACACGGUGUCAAAAGUCCUCGUGCUCCUGAUCCUGUCCGUCUGGGCCAUCGUUUCCAACAGCGGGUUGGACUGGGUGAUUACGCUGUUCUCGGUUGCGACGUUGCCGAACACUUUGGUGAUGGGGAUCCCUCUGCUGAAGGCCAUGUAUGGAGAUUUCACUCAGAGCCUCAUGGUCCAAGUUGUUGUGCUUCAGUGUAUUAUUUGGUAUACUCUUCUGCUGUUCCUGUUCGAGUACAGGGCUGCAACCCAGCUGAUCAGAAACCAAUUUCCUGGCCCUGCUGCCGCGGCUAUAUCGAAAAUCGAGCUCGAUGGGGAUGUGAUAUCACUCGAUGGGAGGGACCCGAUUUGCACCGAAUCUGAAAUCGAUGGAAAUGGGCGCAUCCGGGUCCGCAUCCGACGAUCCACAUCGUCUGCCCCCGACUCAGCUCUAUCGUCCACUGUAGCUCUUACUCCCAGGCCAUCGAAUCUCUCUAAUGCUGAGAUCUUCUCAGUGAACACCCCAGCACAUAACCAUGCAUACAGUUAUGGCGACAAUGGCAUUGCUUUUGCUAAUGGGGAUUUGGGUUUCGGGUACCGGGCCACGAGCCCUAGGCUAUCUGGUUAUGGGUCAUCUGAUGCAUACUCACUCCAGCCAACUCCGCGGGCAUCGAACUUCAAUGAAAUGGAUGCUAUCACAAUCGCUACUACAGUGAAUAAUAAUGGUACUCCAGUCUGGAUACGGUCUCCAACCACCGGAAGGGUUUUGCAGAAGGCGAGUUCUCCAAUGUUUCCUAGCGUGAAGAUGGUCUGGGAGUCACCCGGCAAGGGUGUCAAUAGUAGCCUUGACCCCAAAGACAUCAACACUCCAGAGAAAGAAAUUAGUUUUAGGGAAAAUGUGAAAAUUCCUGUGCUGGACCAAGCUGAUAACACUGAAGCAGCAGCUCAACAAAUGCCAGGACCCUAUGUUAUGCUGAGGCUGAUACUCACCGUGGUUGGUCGAAAGCUCUCUCGAAACCCUAAUACAUACUCCAGCAUUCUGGGCCUUCUCUGGUCUCUUAUCUCUUUCAAGUGGAACGUGGGGAUGCCAAGCUUACUGAAGAACUCAAUAAAGAUAAUCUCAGAUGCUGGGCUUGGGAUGGCCAUGUUCAGUUUAGGUUUAUUUAUGGCUUUACAACCUCGGAUUAUUGCUUGUGGCGGGAAAAUGGCAACAAUCUCCAUGUCUAUUCGCUUCUUCUGUGGGCCGUUGAUGAUGUCAGCAGCAUCUAUCGCGGUUCAGCUAAAAGGGGUCCGACUGCAUGCUGCCAUUGUGCAGGCGGCUCUUCCACAAGGGAUUGUACCAUUUGUGUUUGCAAGGGAAUAUGGAUUGCAUCCUGAUAUUCUAAGUACUGGGGUAAUUUUUGGCAUGCUGGUUUCCCUACCAGUCACCCUUCUUUACUACAUUCUAUUAGGCUUAUGAGGAUGUUCAACAACCAUUAAUUGGAGAGAGGAAGGAAAAAGUAGCUUCAACUAGAAAAAUGAUGAGAAAGACAAAUCUAAUUUGGGCAGCAACUAUUUUACGAGCUAGCUAGUCGACGGAAGAUCUCGGAGGAAGUUACGUCCAGAAAGUCGAGGAUCCAACGACCUUACUUUGACUAGGUAUUGUCAGAUUGAUGAAGCACCAUAUUUCUCCGAGGUGAUGGUUCAACGCAAUUGUGAGGGUAUUCCUGGUGGUUGUAAAUGACUUCAGUAGCUUGAAAAGUUUAAGGGGUUGGUUAACUUGCAAGCUAUGUUUUGCUAGCAAAUUAUUAAGCUCUUUGUAGAGUACAUAACGUCGAGUCGAUCGAUGGAUAGAGUUAGUAUC